UGAAAGUUACAAAGUUACAAACGGAAACUUGUGGAAAUUGAAAAACGGACGGAUAUUCAAAACUAAUAAGAAUUAUUGUUUUAGUUAACUUUAAAAGACAUCAAUGCACUGUCAGUAUUGUUAAGAGAUUUAUCGUACAUCAACAAUAUGGAUCGUAGUGUAAAAAGUGAGAGGAAAACCAGAAGUAUGCGUCUCAAGGAGAAUUGCGAAGAAGUUCCUAAAAGUUUAAUUAAAAAGGGUCACUAUGUGCGUAAUCCUGAAAUUUUAGAAACUAAUAAUGAUUUUGACGAAGAAGUGCCUAAGUCUACUCGGAAGCUAAGACGACACACGCUCAAAGAACAAAACAUAACAAAGUCUGAUGAUGAUAUCCCAGUAAAAAAACAUAAACAAUCAAGUAGGACGAAAAAAAAUCAUACAGAGAACCCAGAUAACCUGGAUAUUGGGGAUCAGCAUAACAUUGAAACUCCAGAAGUAAAGCAAAAGGUGAAGAAAAGCAAAAAGAAAAAACAGGAAGCUAUGGUUGAAGAUGUAGAGAACGUUGAAGAAAUAAUAGACGCGCCAAAGACAAAAAGGAAGUCUAAAAGGAGAAAGAAGCAAUCAAGUGAAGCAAUUUCUAUAAAAGUUGAAGAGAUUAUUGUAGAAAAAAGUGAAAUUGUUGUAAAAGAAAAUAUGCUGAAUGUAAGCAACAUAUCAAAUGAGUCUUACCACAGUGCUGCUGGCAGCAUUAAGAGCGAAAGAUUAACUGAAGUCAAUGGCACAGUUACAGAAUCAGAAACGGCAAUCAAUAAUAGAUCAAGAAAGAAAUCAACACCAAAAUCAUCUAAGAAAAACAACACUUACAAGUAUUCUGAAGUUGAAAAUGCACCAGAUAUCAACUCAUUUGAAAAAGAACCUUUGAAAUCUGAAUCAAAUGCCUCUAAAACUUCUGAAAGAAUCAAUAAAUCUAUGGAAAAUAAAAAUGAUAGCAAUACAUCUAAAAUAAAACUUGAUGAAAGUUAUAAAAAGCGAAAUUCGAAUGAAAACAAUUGUUCUAAAAUUAAAAUUGAUGAUACUUAUGAAAAACCAAAUUCAAAUGAAAACAAUUGUUCUAAAAUUAAAUUUGAUGAUACUUAUGAAAAACCAAAUUCAAAUGAAAACAAUUGUUCUAAAAUUAAAUUUGAUGAUACUUAUGAAAAACCAAAUUCAAAUGAAAACAAUUGUUCUAAAAUUAAAUUUGAUGAUACUUAUGAAAAACCAAAUUCAAAUGAAAACAAUUGUUCUAAAAUUAAAUUUGAUGAUACUUAUGAAAAACCAAAAUCAAAUGAAAACAAUUGUUCUAAAGUAAAACUUGAUGACACUUAUGAAAAGCCAGAUUCAAAUGAAAACAAUUGUUCUAAAAUUAAAUUUGAUGAUACUUAUGAAAAAGCAAAUUCAAAUGAAAACAAUUGUUCUAAAAUUAAAUUUGAUGAUACUUAUGAAAAACCAAAUUCAAAUGAAAACAAUUGUUCUAAAAUUAAAUUUGAUGAUACUUACGAAAAGCGAAAUUCAAAUGUUUCAAUUAAUAUUGAAAAUAUCAAUAAUCAUUCUAUGAAUAGCAAACGAAGAUCAUCCAGCAUUUUGUUGUUAGAUGCAUCUAAUUCAAUGACAAAUUUAAACAACACAUUCGAUAAAUCUGAUAAACCAAAUGAGAGCAAAUCAAUAUAUGCGACAUUCGAAAAACAAAAAUUAAACGGUAUCUAUGACUUAGAUGAGAAAAAUUCAAGCAUAAAAUCUGACGGUAACAAAACAAAUGACAUUGCUAACAAUUCACACAUCAGUAUAAACAGUGAGGACUCUAAAACAGAAAAUUUAAUAAAUAUCACCGCUGAAUUAGUAGAGAGUAGCAAUGAUGAAAUAUCUUUUAAAAACUCCCCACCGAAAACAGAAACUCAAAAUUUAGAACUACCACUAACACCAUACAAACGGGAAGGUACUUUUACAAAGGAAAGUCCACCAUACUUUGAAAAAGAGCCUGACACAAUUUCCAUAGAUUCCGGGAACACAGGGAGUGAUACUUCAUGUAGGACUCCGGAUAGACGUAAAUCAUUACAGUCACCAGGUCACACACCAUUUGUGAUGACAAAAGAGAAAAAAACAGUUUUGAAUGUAACACGUUCUAUUGAGAAGUCAUUACGGAGAUCUUCAACCAUGGAGGCAGCUCCCCGAGCCACCAAGGUGAUGUUUUGUAGCCCAACAAACCAGGCUACAGUCAGCUCACAGAUUAAACGGAAGGUGAUUAAAUCUAACAUGAAAGGAUCAAACAAAAGUUUUGUUUUUGAUAGUAGCAUGUCGGAGCUCAGUCGCUCAGGUCGUAAGCGGUCAUACACACAGAGUGAUGCAGAUGAGGUGCGCAGCAAAAGAUCCAAACUGGAAGAGGAGAAGAAGUCAGUUGAUAGACUGUCACGUCCCAGGACAUUGAGCGCUACAGUGAAAACCAGCGAAGCUUCAACACCAUCAAAGAAAUCAAUAGUAUCAAAGACAAAGCCGGAGAGUAAAGUUACAAGGACCAAGUUGCCGAACUUUACUGCAUUACAUAAGAAGCAAUUUGAUAAGAUGGAGUCACUGGAUCAGUGCCAGGAGAGGAAGGCCAAGCGCGCCAGGCAGCUGCUGACACCUACUGGCACUGUCAACAUGCUGGAGAGGAUAAGCCCUAAAGAAAAAGAAACAGAAUCAGAUGCAAAAUCAGAAAAAGAGAAACCAAAACCGACCACACCUUGUUUACGGAAAUCAAAAACACUAACCCUUACAUCAUUGAACCCUGGUUACACCCGGUUUGGAUUCAAAAUGAACACCAGUUUGAAUCCAUUCAGUGUACCAAAUAAAGAAGAAGGUAAAGCGAACGAGAGUAAACUUCUUCCAUCUAGAACUGGUGCCACUACUUCUAGAAGAGAGGCAGCUAAGCAGAUGGUAAUGAGGGAGAAAUCCUUUACAGAACGGAACAGCGCUAAAAGGAAUGAAAGCAGAACUUUCAUUAAAGGAGUCAGAACAAACAGGAGGUUCCAAUUGCAGAUGCAAAUGAGAAAUGUUAAUAUGAACUGAAAAAUUCAGGAUUGAAUAGACAUUUUCAGAA